GAAAUCAUACACAGUUAAACCAUAUUGUAUUCGAAUUAUUCGUGUCGUUAAACAGCGGUCAGAUCUGUAGAAAAGAAAGAUACUGCCGUGUAAAAUUAUUAGAGACGCAAAAUUAUGAAGGCCCCCGAUCAUAAACCAUUUCGUCUCUAACCAGGAAGAAGUUGUCCGUAAGGGACGUUUCAUCGAUUUGUCAUUAAAGUAACCUUGCGGUACCUCCUAUCUACGAAGCUAGACACGCGAAAACAUUUUUCUGGUUAAUCUUUUUACAAUUGACAUAUUAUAAUCGUCUACUUCAAUGAAUGUAUUUCUAAUAAUACGAAUGUGAACCAAUGUAAAUUGCAAAGAAUAUAAACGCUCGAGCGUUUUUUUCUAAUCCGGCAAACGUUGAGGAAUAAUAGAGGAAGUAUGAUAAAUUUUUAAAAGCAAAUGUAAAAGAAUCGUGUGAUCAACAAUAUACUACAUCAUCAUCAUCAUCAUUAUCAUCAUCAUCAUCAUAAAGCAUAAAGCUUUGAACUCUACUUACAUUUAUUCUUAUUUCUUGUUCAAUAGAUUUGUUCACGUGUAAUAAUCUUUAAACAAACAUCUAAAUCUAAUUCUAUUGAAAGUUCGGGGUUUCGUAAAACUUCCGGUGUCCUUGCGGUGUCCAGUAAAAGCUCGUAAAAGCUCAGGAAGCAACGUGGAAAGGCGGCAUACGAGCAACCUGCGCAUCUGCGACCGGGUCAAAGCGAUUGCGUAAAUUGAAACGUGGCGGUGCACCAGUGAGAAUCGAGAAUCCGGCUCGCUUGCAUGCGGAUCUAUCUUAAAAUAUUUAAACACAUUGAACAUUAAUUAUCGAUAGAAAUGCCAAUUUUGAAAACUUGAUUUGUUGUAAUUGUUGAAAAAAAAAACUGCUUUUUCGGAUGAAAAAGAUAAGGAGAAAAAUGAUGAAAAAUGUACCUGAAUACACGAUUUUCAAAUCAUUAAGAAGUAUUUGUAUACAUGUUAAUAUUUUGUGAAUGAAAAGUGUAAAAUAUGACAAGAUAUCCCGUCAAAUUUGGAAACUUUUAAGAAGACUGGUUCUACUGUGAUACCAUUAAUUAUUGUCUUCGCGCUAUCUUCCAAAAUAUAAUGUUUCGUUAUGGCAGUGAAAUACUUGGAUGGUCCUUUUGUGUUCAGACUCAACGACAAUGGUACAGGACCACAUCUUCUUACACAGGUUUGUACGGAACGUGGUUGGAGAGAAUAUACUGGCGAAAAUAAUGUAUUCAAAGAUCGAUGGAAUUUAUGGUGGCGAUCAGGCGGUUUCCCUUUACCCCAUUAUAAGCUAUUACUUCCGUGGCAGUUUAUCAACAGAAUUCCAAAAGGAAGUUCAAUCUGUAGAAAAGACAAUCUUAUCCGUCAUCUUAGAUGCAUGAAGAAGAUGCAUGGCUCGAUAUAUGAUUUCAGUCCUGUAGGAUAUAAUUUGCCAUCGGAAUAUACUAAAUUAGCAGAAGAAUGGAGUCGUUGCGAGCAUGAUAGAGUUUGGAUCUGUAAACCAGUUGGUCAGAGUCAAGGCAAAGGGAUAUUCUUAUUUCGUAAAUUAAGUGAUCUUACAUAUGAUAAUGCAGCAGUAGUCCAAAGAUAUAUUGAGAAUCCUCUUUUAAUCGGGGGCUAUAAAUUCGAUUUACGAUUGUACGUGUGCGUACCUUCUUAUCGACCUCUGACGAUAUACUUGUACAAAGAAGGAUUGGCACGAUUUGCUACGGAAAAAUUUUCGUUAGAACAUUUAAAUGAUUCUUUUCGACAUCUCACUAACUUUUCGUUGAAUAAGUUGGGUCCAGGAUAUUCUGAGAAAAAAGAACGCAUCGGUUCUGGUUGUAAAUGGACUUUUAGACAAUUAAGAAGAUACUUUGAACAAGCUGGAUAUUAUGAUUGGUUCCUUUGGCAGAGGAUAGCUUGUUUAGUUAGUUUAACAAUACUAAGUCAAGCCGCGAGCAUACCAAAAUCUUCCAAUUGUUUUGAAUUCUUUGGAUUUGAUGUAUUAAUUGAUAAAAAUUUAAAACCAUGGUUAUUAGAGGUGAAUCUUAGCCCAGGUUUAAGUAAUGAUUGCGAGAUUGAUUCUGAAGUGAAGAAACCUCUGCUGCACGAUUUAUUCGAUUUAUUAGGUCUUCCAGUAUGUAAUACUGGACUUUCUCUUUUUACAAUAUGGUCAGCAAUUGAUGAUGAGGUUGAAAUGUCUUCCAAGUAUUGUACAAAUCGAACAAUGAAAAAAAAAUCCAGAACUUAUCGGGAAACUGAUGGUUUUUUAAACAUAUGCACGGAACUUCGGCCUACUCUCAAACAUUCAACCAUCAACAAUUCUUCAAAUUUGUGGUCUCUUUACACUCCCUUAUUAGUGGAUAAAUACAUUCCACGCGGUUUUCAGGGUAAUAACCCGCAAAACAACGAUAAAACAUCAAUAUGGGAUAAUGGUAAAGAUUGGAGUAAACCAUGUACAAGUGAAGGAGGAUGGGUCCGCAUUUAUCCAUUGAUAUCAAUAAAACCUAAAUAUACUAUUGAUUAUGUAUCUUUAUCAGAAACUACAAGAAAGAUAGAAAAAGAAAUUAGAAAUACAGUUAUUUCUAUACAAAAAUAUUUGAAAGCUGCCAAAGAAGUGCACAAGAAAAAUGAAAAAUAUAGAGAUGAACAAUAUAAUGCUAUGUUACGAAAAAUGUUAGAACUUAAUACUGAAAUUUGGCUGCCAUCAAAAUGAUUAAAUAUUCUCUAUAUUUUAUUCAUCUUUUAAGUAAAUUUCAGCACAAUGCUUUGACCAAUUAAAUUUUAUAAUAUUACAUUUAAGACACAUUUUUAACACGUAAAAAUGUUUUUCAAUAUUUUUAAUAGCAAGAUAUUUUUAAAAUUUUAAAAUCAUGUUAUAAUUGUGAUAGAAUUGUGAUGUUAAUGAAAAUAUCGUGUAUACUAUAUCAUUGUGUUCUAAAAUAUCACAUAUAAAUUAUAGGAUAAAGGUGCAGAAUAUUUAUAUUCACCAAGAAAUUCUCGGUUUAUUGAACGUUUUUUUUUUUGCAAAUGUACAUUAAUUCACUCCCUUUGCUGCUAACCUCUUGUCGCGCUCUUCAGCAAUUGAAAGUUUAACACCUUUGUCUCUUGGUAAGCUAAUGUAUGGCUUUGUACCUUUGCCAAUGA